ACCAAGAGCAAUCCAAAGACCAAUCAAAUCAAAGAUGAUGAUUUCAAAGUGUGGGAAAAGCACUCCAAAUUAGGCAAUUAGUAAAAGCAUUUGGCAUUGAAGUUUGAAUGGUCAAAAAGGAAUCCUGAAUUUCUUCAUUACAUAAAUUUUGUUAUUGGGUGAAUACACUUUCCUCUUCUCUACCUUUGACUGUCACCAAACCCCAUAACAAAUAACCCAAGCUUCCUAAAUCCUUAUUCCAUUUCCUCCUCAUCUUCAUUGAAAUUUUUCUUCAUUCUUCUUUUUUCAAACUACCCAUCUUCAUUUUACCCUUUUUCUCCAACUUUCUUUCAAUUACUUCAUUCAUCUUUAAGCUGCUCAUCUUUCUGCUUCUAACUUCCAAGCUUUACUGGUGGGUGAUAUCUCGAAUUUGGUGAUUUAAUGGCUUCAGUGGGUAUUCCUCCCACUGCCGGACUUGGACAACCCGGUGGGAAUGUUGGUGCUAUCGACAAGUUGCCUGAUGAGAUGAACGACAUGAAAAUUCGAGAUGAUAAAGAAAUAGAAGCUGCUGUUAUUGAUGGUAAUGGUACAGAGACUGGUCAUAUAAUUGUCACUACUAUUGGUGGUAGAAAUGGAGAAGCUAAACAGACUGUGAGUUACAUGGCCGAGCGCAUUGUUGGACAAGGAUCAUUCGGAGUUGUAUUCCAGGCUAGGUGCUUGGAAACAGGAGAAACUGUGGCUAUCAAGAAAGUUCUUCAGGACAAGCGAUACAAAAACCGUGAACUGCAAACUAUGCGCCUUUUGGAUCAUCCAAACGUUACCUCUUUGAAGCAUUGUUUCUUUUCCACAACCGGGAAGGACGAGCUCUAUCUUAAUCUUGUUCUAGAGUUUGUCCCUGAAACUGUUCAUCGUGUCGUUAGACACUACAACAAGAUCAACCAGAGGAUGCCGUUGAUAUAUGUAAAGCUUUACAUGUUCCAGAUUUGUCGAGGAUUAGCAUACAUUCAUAAUACUAUUGGAGUAUGCCAUAGAGACAUAAAACCACAAAAUCUACUGGUCAAUCCACAUACACACCAAUUAAAGAUUUGCGAUUUUGGAAGUGCUAAAGUCUUGGUGAAAGGCGAGCCAAAUAUAUCGUAUAUAUGUUCGAGAUACUAUCGUGCACCGGAACUGAUAUUUGGAGCAACUGAAUACACAACAGCGAUUGACAUUUGGUCUGCUGGUUGCGUUCUUGCUGAACUGCUGCUCGGACAACCAUUAUUCCCCGGUGAGAGCGGAGUAGAUCAACUUGUGGAGAUUAUUAAGGUUUUGGGAACCCCAACAAGGGAAGAAAUUAAAUGUAUGAAUCCGAAUUACACUGAAUUCAAGUUUCCACAAAUCAAAGCUCACCCAUGGCACAAGAUAUUCCACAAGCGCAUGCCUCCAGAGGCCGUGGAUCUUGUCUCGAGACUUUUGCAAUAUUCUCCGAACCUUAGGUGCACAGCUUUAGAUGCUCUAACGCAUCCAUUCUUCGAUGAGCUACGCGAUCCAAAUACUCGUUUGCCAAAUGGUCGCACCCUUCCUCCGCUUUUCAACUUUAAGGCUCAUGAGCUAAAAGGGGUUCCGACAGAAACCUUGGUGCGGCUAAUUCCCGAACACGCUAGAAAGCAUUGCGCCUUUCUUGGAUCAUAGACGUUCACACGAAAACAAUUCCGCUGUUUUGAUGAGAGUUAUGAUUUUUCGAUCAACAUCAUACCGUCUAUGUUCUGCUAACUGUUCUACUGUGGCAUUGUGGGAAUAUGUCGUUGCACAUGGAGAGCGUAUUGUGAAAGUUCUGUUGUAUUGUAUUCAGAACGUAAUGGGUAACGGGCGAUGAAUCGUUGUUUGUAGUCUCUAGAUGUAGAUUGUAACUACGUAUCGAAUUAAAUGAUCAUUUGAUUCUUUUAUAUGCUUACUUGCUUAUUUUCUUCCUGUUAUGUGAGGAAUGGUAGAUUUCUAUGUUCUAACUGAUACAUUCUAAGAAGUUUUUUGUUUCUGUUU